CCAGCGCCGCCCGGCCCGGCCCGGAGCGCUUCUCCGCGGCCUCCCUCCCUCCCUCCCUCCCUCGAGGCAGAGCAGCGUGUGGCAGGAUGUGUGAAGGGCCAUCCAGGAUUUCUGGCCCCAUUCCUCCAGACCCAACGCUCUUUCCAGAGUAUUACAAACGCCCCGUCUCAGCUCGAGGGAGGCUGGAAGGAAAUGCUCAGAAUCUGUGUUUUACCUCCCUGGACCCGGUUCCCAACCCCUACCCCGUGCUGGGCAGUGCCCGCCAGGCCCAGCCAGCCCCUCGCAUUCGCCCCAGCGGGCAGGACUUCCUGGAGAGGGGACAGAAAGGGACACUCAGCCUCUUGCUGCAGCUCCAGGGCAUCUCCCUUGAUGAGGGAAUGCCAGUUAAGAGGAAAGAGGCCAAGGACUACGAGAAGGAGAAUGUGAGGCGGAUAAAGGAGAUUCAGAAGAAGUGCAAAGAGAAGGAGCGAGCCCAAGAGCGCAGCCAGCCCAAGCCUGUGAAAGCUCUGUGGAAAUCCCAGAAAUACGAAAAUGUGGAGUCAAAGGUGAAGGCCAAACUGCAGGAGACCUCCCCAGCUCCCAGUCCCGAGGCUGUGAAUUUCCUGAGGGCGUAUUCCCGCUGUGGCUCUGGGAUCAGGCCCUGCAGACCACUGUCCCCAAGGCCUGUCAGAGCAAAGGCAGGAGCAGACACAGAGGCACAGGCUGCUGAAACCAAGGUGCAGGUGGAGGGCAGGAGCGUUGACUUCAUCAGGCACAACGCCUGUGCUGCCAAGCGGGCCCCGCUGCGCCGCUCCCAGUCCCUGCAGGCGCUGGCCGAGCUGCUGCAGCAGAAGCAGCGGGAGCAGGAGGAGUACAACGCCAAGCAAAAGGGCCACGUCCCCCAGUACCUGCUGGAGAGGAAGGAGCUGUGGCGCAAGCAGACGGAGGAGCGGCUGCGAAACCUGCCAGACCCCGACACGCCGCCCGGGCACACCAUGAUGCCCGAGGGCCAGCGCCUGGAGACCCUCGGCAACCUGAAGCAGAGUAAGAGGGGAAGGAACAGCGAAUCCAGCUCAGAAAAACAAACAGUCCUAGGCCAAGAGCAGCUGAUAAAGGACCUGGUUCUGCUGCCAAUGCGUGGAGACAGCCUCAAGAUGCAGAAGAGGCGGGUAGAGCUCGAGAGGAAGCUCUCCCAGAUAGAAGAGGCAAUCAGAAUUUUCUCAAGGCCAAAAGUCUUCAUCAAGUUGGACUCCUGAGUUGGUGGGGCCAGGUAUGCUGUGCUGCUCUGCCUGAACCUCCUUUGCUGCUGGGCAGGAAUGGACAUCACUUUUUGGGAGGGAAGGAGAGGAAGCCAAGUUCCAGACCCUGGGCCCAUGCAGGUGCUGAUAACAGUGUCCAUCGCUGGCUGGCAUCUCUUGCUCACCUUUCAGUGCUGUGUCUUGUCCACAGAAAAGGGAGGGAGAUGCUCUAAUAAAGGCUCUGCUCAGUGGUCUGGGGAGCAGUUGUCUCUGCUGCUUGACUUCUCACAGAUCAGCUCUCUGCUCUCUGUGGCAUCACCUCUUACUUUCCCUUUUUUCCCUACUUCUAGAAACUGGUAGGAGGUCUCUUGUGCUGCUGCCUGUGCUAUUUCUUGUCAUUCUCCUUCUCCUGAGCUGGACCAUGGUCAUGGCUCAUCCUGAUCCCCUGGGAGCUCAGGGGACAUCUUGGGGACAAGAAAGAGGCACAAAGCUUCAGUGUUUUCUGCCCAGAGAAGGGCUGAGCUAUCAGGAGGGUCUGGAGAAGCCUAUGUUGUCUGUGGGGCAGGAGAUACUCCAAUAAAUCAUCAUUUCCA